GAGCGCGUCUUCCGGUUGCAGCAGCAGGUAGUUCGGUUGCACUCGCAUCAGGCCUGUGGCGGUGUGUGGCGGUGCCACCGGUGCAUCCGGAGCCCAGUGUGUUUCCCCGGCGGUGCGCAACAAUGCGGCGCUGCGCAACAAUGCGGCGCUGGAGAUAAAACUUCACCAGCGAUGUCAGAACCCAAAGCUUUCGCGCGACUUUAACCCGAGAAGAUGUCAGAUGUCACCAAGACCGUCCAGAAAUGGCACGCGAGUUUUAAAAAGGGCACGGACUUUGAUUCGUGGGGGCAGCUGGUGGAAGCCAUCGAUGAAUAUCAAAUACUCGCAAGGCAACUUCAGAAAGAGGUGCAGUCAUCAAACUUGCAUGAUUUUACAGAGGAACAGAAGAAAACCCUGGGAAAGUUUGCAACAUGCCUUGAAAUGCGAAGUGCAGCCUUACAGUGCACACAAUCUCAAGACGAGUUCAAGUUAGAAGACCUGAAAAAACUGGAACCCAUUAUUAAGAACAUUCUGACUUACAACAAAGAUUUCCCUUUUGAUGUCCAACCAGUGCCUUUGAGGAAGAUUCUUGCACCAGGUGAGGAGGAAAACCUUGAGGUUGAGGAGGAGCUGGACGCUGGUACUGGAGCAGGUUCAACACCGUCAUUCCCUUCAAGGGUGCCAGGUACUCUGUUGCCACGGUUACCCUCGGAGCCUGGAAUGACUUUGCUGACGCUGACGAUAGAGAAGAUCGGUCUGAAGGAUGCAGGACAGUGCAUUGACCCGUACAUCACCGUCAGUGUUAAAGAUCUGAACGGUAUCGACUUGAAUCCAGUUCAGGACACCCCAGUGGCCACGCGGAAGGAGGACACGUAUAUUCAUUUUAGUGUGGAAGUGGAAAUCCAGAAACACCUAGAAAAACUACCAAAAGGUGCAGCUAUUUUCUUUGAAUUCAAACACUACAAACCCAAGAAAAGAUUCACCAGCACUAAGUGUUUUGCGUUCAUGGAAAUGGAUGAAAUCAAACCAGGUCCCAUUGUUAUAGAACUGUACAAGAAACCAACUGACUUCAAGAGGAAAAAGCUCAACCUCCUGACGAAGAAACCACUUUACCUGCACCUUAACCAGACUUUGCACAAAGACUAAACAAAGAUCCUACAGGAGGACGGCAGAGGCUCUUUCUCUCAGAUACAUUCGGUGCAUCACCUCUCACAUUCCUUGCAAUAUCGGACACAUAUUCUUCAUAUCUCCAGUCUAAAGUCUGGGACACAGUUUGACGUCUCCACCGCUCUUCAUCUGAAAGAGAGACGAGUAUUUCAAAAACUGAAUGUUGUACAAAUGCUCUGUAUGAUGAUUUCUGAUGAAAACGGUUAUAACUUGUUUACGCAACACUUCCUAUUACGUUUUAAUAUUUUUAUUUGAUUAAAGAAACUGCUCACUCUCAUGUUCCAAACCUGUAUGCUGUUAUAAUCGGAAAGAUGAUUUUUCACAUCUAUUUUGACAGUUAAUAGUCUGUAAAGCUUCAAAAAAGACAUAAAACAUAAAAAUAGCCCAUUAUGUUUGGUUCGGUUAUGAUGUGCAAGAUUCAUUUGCUGUUUGGUUCUUAAAAUACAUGUUAAGAUUAAUUAUAACUUCAUUUGUUUGUUGUGUAUGUGUGCAUUCUGUGGGGAAAACGGCAUAAAAGUUUGGAACUAUUUGAGGGCGAGUAAAUAAAGAUAACUGUUACUUAUAAAUGUUGUUUAACAGACAUUCUUGUUGAUUUUAUGAAGUGCAUCUUAUGCUACAUACAAACUGAGUAAACCCUAAAGAAACAACACUGACAAAUGCAGUCAUAUAAAUAUGUUGGUUUUUGUGAUAUCUUCAGGUUUUCUUAACUCGUUAAACAGUUUUCUGUUGGCUAAUAUUGAUUUAGCAUUACAGAGCAAUACUUGUUUGAAAUGUGGCCUUUGGCUCAUUAAUAUGGAAAAUAUGUCACAAUAAUGGAUAUUUAAUUAGUUUGAGUAUGAAUCAGAAAACUUGACUAUAUGAAGGGAGAAACUGUGGAUCUAAUGAAGUGUUAGCAUGCCAACUUUGUAAUUCACUUCACAGUUUGCUCUUUGAUUAAUAGUUCAGUUUGGGGAAAUUGUCUUAAAUUUGUCAUUUACGUCUGGCUUAGUUUCUCAAACAGUUUUAACUACAUAACUAAAGGAUUUCUGUGGAAGAUUGACUUGGGGAAUAACCCACAUUUUCUAAUUUCUUUACAGUUUCUGACAGGAUCUUUCCAGGUUUAAAAUCAUCUGUUCCUCUUUACUACUAGUUAUAGCACCAAAUAAAUAUGGAAAAUUAAGGAAAUAAAUAACUACAGAUGCUUCUCCCAUUAGGCUGUUUAAUUUUGUUGUAUUAAAAGCAACUAAAUGGCGAAGAAGUAUUGUGAAGACGCUGUUUGACGGACUAUGCCUAUCAUGGUGUGUGUAUUAUUACACAGCUUUUUCAAAUGUCUCAUUUCUAAUAAAUGACAAUGCUGCUUGAA